CUUCAACCCUAACCCUUCAACUCCAUCAACACAACUGCCACACGCAGCAGCAGAUCAAUUUAAUCAGGCCAAUAUUAUGGCAUAUGUCCCCUCUGACGUCACGUGAAGGGGGGCAAGACUUAUAUAACGGCGUCCAUUCAUCAAGAUAUUCAAUGAAGUUAUACCGCACGCGCAGAAGAACGGAGACGACGAGUGCGCUUUUCCUCUGAAGACACAGUGGACUUUCAUGGACGUGCCAAAGAUUUCUUACCAGGACAUCUGACUGUUUUUUUUUCUUCUUCUGUAGCUCUAAACACUUUAAAGCUUCGGAUGAAGAUACGUGCGUUUUAUUGUAAUAAAGUUUAGGUUUAACUGAGCGAGAUGGCGCAUCUGUCUUUGUACUGUCUGCUGUCUGUGUCGCUUUUCCAGUUGGUGGUUUCAUCGGGUGUAUUUGAAUUGAAAGUUCACUCGUUCAGUACGACACGGCGCUUGUGCAGGAGGACGCGAGACUGCAACAUCUUUUUCAGGAUUUGUCUCAAGCAUUCUGAGGACGUCAUCUCCGCCGAGCCUCCGUGCACCUUCGGAACCGGUCAGACGAGUGUCCUGCGAGCGGACCAGAGCUCUAUAGCCAGCAGCGCAGCCAUCCGGGUGCCUUUCCACUUCAAGUGGCCGGGGACAUUUUCUCUUAUUAUUGAGGCAUGGAAUGCAGAGUCUCCCAAAGAGCAUCAUGAUUACACAGAGAAUCAAAACAACCUGAUCAGUCGUUUAGCAACACGAAGGCGUUUGGCGAUUGGGGAAGACUGGUCUCAGGAUGUUCAUUUCGGCGAUCAGAGCGAGCUCCGUUACUCGUAUCACGUUUUCUGUGAUGAGUUUUACUACGGCGAGGCGUGUUCGGAUUACUGCCGUCCCCGUGAUGACACGCUGGGACACUACACCUGCGAUGAGAGCGGGAACAGGGAAUGCCAAGAGGGAUGGCAGGGAGACUACUGCUCCGAUCCCAUCUGCUCUUCGGACUGCAGCGAGCGACACGGUUACUGCGAGUCACCCAGAGAGUGUAAGUGUCGUCUAGGAUGGCAGGGGCCGUCCUGCAGCGAGUGUGUGCAUUACCCAGGAUGCCUGCAUGGGACCUGCUCGCAGCCGUGGCAGUGUGUGUGUAAGGAGGGAUGGGGAGGCCUCUUUUGUAACCAGGACCUCAACUACUGCACCAACCACAAACCCUGCGCUAAUGGCGCCACCUGCACCAACACUGGACAGGGCAGCUACACUUGCACCUGCCGGCCAGGAUAUGGGGGCACAAACUGUGAGCUGGAGAUUAACGAGUGUGACUGCAACCCCUGCAAGAAUGGUGGCAGUUGUAACGAUUUGGAGAACGAUUACUCCUGCACAUGUCCUCAGGGAUUCUAUGGGAAGAACUGUGAGAUUAUUGCGAUGACGUGCGCUGAUGACCCCUGCUUUAACGGAGGGACAUGUGAGGAGAAAUUCACCGGUGGCUACGUCUGCCGCUGCCCCCCAGCCUUUACCGGCUCCAACUGUGAGAAAAGACUGGACCGCUGCAGCCACAAACCAUGUGCCAAUGGUGGUGAGUGUGUAGAUCUGGGUGCUAGUGCUCUGUGUCGCUGUCGCUCUGGUUUCACCGGCCCUCGCUGUGAGACAAACAUUGACGACUGUGCCCGCUAUCCAUGUCAAAAUGCCGGAACCUGCCAAGAUGGCAUUAAUGACUACACCUGCACCUGUACUCUAGGUUUUAUGGGUAAAAACUGCAGCCUCCGAGCAGACGCUUGUCUCAUGAACCCAUGCCUUAACGGGGGAACGUGCUACACACACUUCUCAGGGCCAGUGUGUCAGUGUGUGCCUGGGUUCAUGGGUUCAACCUGUGAGUUUCCUGUGCAGGGAGGUCUGGAGAUGAUGGCCCCCCGGGUUGGGCGGACCUCGCCUUCAGCUGUGGCGGUGUCAUGUGUGUUAGGUGUGCUGGCUGUGUUUUUGGGAGUGUGUGUGGGACUGGUGGUGAUCAGGAGGAGGAGGCAUAGACUGCGCAGACAGCAGCUGUGUGAUUCUGUGUUUAAUGAUUUGGAGACAGUGAAUAAUUUCGACAGGCAGCACUAUCCCUAUGAUCGAGACUUCAGUCAGGUGAAACCCAGCAACACUGAGAGCCGUAUCUCAUUGGCCGCCUCUCACACACUGCCUGCUGGGCAGGACUUCCUGUGGAGUGCUGGAGGAGGGCUUAGAUGAGACACAUCCACAUGUACAUGUGUGUAAAUGCCCAAACACAUGCAUACACUGAUGUAGACACAUGAGCAUAUCCAUGGACACACAAACUCAUAUGCAGGGAUGAGAAUUUGGAUGUAGCACUUGCUUUUGUCUUAAUUUUUAUGAAUGAAUGAAUGAAUGAAUGAAAGAAUGAAGUAUGUCUUAGCUGAAUAAGGGAUUGGACCUUUGCCAUCUGUAAAGGUGGAAGACUGUAAACCAAAAACUAAAAGAAACAAACACUCACACUACUGUGUGCUGGGCUCUGUGAAUCUGUUUCCAUAUGAAGACAGACACAAGUGCUGAAAGCUGAAACAGACUUAGAACUCUAUAUGAAGAGAACUCAUAUCUUUAUACAAAGAUAAAAAAAGUGAAAAAUAGCUCUAUACAAAGAGAACAAAGUAAGGAAAUACCUCUAUUGAAAGAGAACGAAGUCAGUUAAACUGAAGAGCAUUGAAGUCAGGUGCUUUCUUGUCAAACUCUUGGCUCUGUAUGAGACUGAUGAAAACAAUAACUUUUUUUUAUUGCAUAAGGGUGAGAGUAUCGCCUUUGUUCAUUUGUCAGGAUGUUACCAGCAACAGGUUUAAUAAUAAUAAAAAAAGGUAUAAAUAAGAGAAAGCAAAAAGAAUACAGUCAGGAAUAUCAAACGAUAUUCGUAAGACCAAACGGGAAGAUUUUGCUCCAGUUUUUUAUUGUGUAUUAAGCAGUGUGUUUUUUUCCUCGAAUGAUAUGGGGAAAUAUGUGUCAGUGGUUCUUAUGUUAAAUUACAUAAAAUCAGAUUUUCUUCAAUGGGGUUUGUCUAAUGAAUGUUUAUUUCUUUUGCCAGAUGUUUCCUAUUAAUUUAAACCUAAGUUUACGCCUAAGUUUCUAUUUUGCAUUUUUGUACUUUUGCUUUCAAUCAUUGUCUUAUCUUUGUAAAGAUUUUAUGUUAAUUUAUUUUGUAUAUGUGUUUGUUAUUUUAAUGAAAUGAAGUAAAUUAUAUGA